AUGGACGUCUUCUCACCAUCCCAGGUCUUCUACGACAGAGCGUGCGCUUCAUCCCCCGACAGCCUGGAGUUUGGCCCCGGCGUGGAGCUCGACGGCUCAGAGGAGGACGAGCAUGUCAGGGUCCCCGGGGCCCCUCACCAGCCGGGACACUGCCUCCAGUGGGCCUGCAAGGCCUGCAAGCGCAAGUCCAACUUCGUGGACCGCAGACGGGCCGCCACCAUGCGCGAGCGCCGGCGGCUGAAGAAGGUCAACCACGCUUUUGAAGCUUUGAGGCGCUGCACCUCGGCCAACCCCAGCCAACGUCUGCCCAAGGUGGAGAUCCUGCGCAACGCCAUCCAGUACAUCGAGAGCCUGCAGGACCUGCUACGAGAGCAGGUGGAGAACUACUACGGCCUACCUGGAGAGAGCAGCUCAGAGCCUGGGAGCCCGCUGUCCAGCUGCUCUGACGGCAUGGCUGACAGCAACAGUCCAGUGUGGCAACAGCUGAAUGCAAACUACAGCAACGGUUAUUCAUAUGCGAAGAAUGAGAGUUUCGAUAAGGCAGCCGGAGCCUCCAGUCUGGAGUGUCUCUCCAGCAUCGUGGACCGUCUGUCCUCGGCGGAGUCCGGCUGCGGGCCGGCAGCUCUGAGAGACACGACCACCUUCUCCCCCGGCAGCUCCGACUCGCAGCCCUGCACGCCGGAGAGCCCCGGGUCCAGGCCGAUCUACCACGUCCUGUGA